GAAUAAUCACUGGUUGAGAAAACGAAACUCUCCUGUAUUUUUUCAAGGAAUUAAAUACUCGGACAUAAAUUGUGUGUUGCUCGAUAAUAUUUGAGACCACGUACCUUCUGUCGAGACUCAUUUCGUAUAUUUUUUAAAGAAAGGAUUUAGCUAAAUCUGAACAGUGGAUGCUUUCAUUUUCAUUUCCUUAAUACUAGGGCGGAGAAAUCUGUAGAAUUUGCCUUACAGUCACAUCUGUUUUUACACUGCAGUUUACUGAACAAUGAGUUCCCAACAAUGUACAGUUUUGAGGACCAAGCUAACUCAGCUGGAGUGUCACUUCACCUGGGAUGUGAGAAAAGAAGAUAUAGAGCUGACUGAUGUUCUGAAUAGACUAGAAGUUCAAACUGAGUUGGAUCUUGGUGGACAAGCAGGAGUUGCACGUUCAUACAGCCAACUGGGAUUUGUAAAGUUUCUUCUAGCCUCCAACGAUGAAGCACUUAGUAACUUUCAGAGAUCUGUGGAGGUUGUUAGAGAGCUGCAUGGAAAUAAAUGUGACCAGCUGCUCCUUGUUUCAUAUGGAAACCUUGCAUGGUUACACUAUCAUAUGGAUAAUUAUGUUGAGAGUGAAAGUUACCUGAAUAAACUGGGAGAGAUUAAAGAAAAAUAUCCACCAGGCUCUUCCUCUGUUAUGGAUGCUACUCUGCAUGGAGAGAAAGGAUGGACCUUCCUUAAAUUCUCUCGCAAAUACUAUGACAGAGCCAAAGAGUGCUUCAGAAAGGCCUUGGAGCUAGAACCAGAAGAAGGUCAAUGGAACUCGGGGCUUGCCAUUGUUCUGUACCGAACAGAAACUGAGUCUGUCAGUUCAACUGAAUCACCAACAAUUAGGCAACUGAGACGUGCCAUAGAAACAAACCCGGAUGAUAAUGUUGUUAAAGUAUUGCUUGCUUUAAGAUUAACCAUUUACAAAGAAUACAGUGAGGCAGAGAGCUUAGUGGAGACAGCAUUAGAGAGGACUCCAGACCAUCCACACGUGAUUCGAUAUGUUGCAAAGUAUUUUCGGUAUAAGGGCUCCGUGGACAGAUCAACUACCCUUCUGAGAAGAGCCCUAGAGAAAGUGCCAAAUUCUGCCUUUAUACACCAUCAACUAGCCCUUUGCUACAAGAAAACUAAAAUUAGUCUGCAGCGUGCAAGUAGUCACCAUAGCAAGAAUGCUGCAAUUAAGCAGGCUCGUAAACAGUGCAUUUAUCAUUUACAGAGGGCCACCGAACUGAGGCCCAGCUUUAUUCUGGCCAUGAAUGAGUUGGCCCUCCAAUAUGGGGAGAACCAGGAUUGGUCAAAGGCAGAGGAGAUGUUUAAGCUAGCACGUCAGACAGCAGAAAAAAGAAAUGAAAACCUUCAGAUGUUUCAUCAAUUUUAUGCAGCGUUUCAGCAGUACAGUAUGAAAUGUGAGCCUCUGGCCAUUGAACACUACACUAAAUGUCUGAAGCUGAAUUCAAAAACAUAUGAAGGGAAGGAAAGUGCUAAACACCUGACAAAGAUUGCUGAGAGAAGGAUUCGCAUAAACCCACAGGAUGGAGAUGCCUUUGGAAUACUGGGAUUAGUUCAUAAGGAACAGGGGGAUAGACAACGUGCUCAGGAGUACUAUGAGAAAGCUCUAGGAUACGUACACAAUGAUGAGUACCUCAGUAAUCUUUGUGAACUUCAGCUUGCUAUAGAGUGAUCACAUACUACUUAUAAUCCUACCUUACAUAUGCACCAACACUACAAAACUGCACCAAUAACAAACUUUGUAUGCACCUAGCAUUACAGACCAGUCAACACACCCCAACACUCUCAUACACAGAAACCUACACACCAACACUUUACUACUGAUAAACCCCACUAACCUAAACAGACUAUCAUCAUUAAUCAAACUGGUACCUUGGAACGUACAUGGUAUUGGCUCUCCGGUAACAAUAUGGACAUACACUGUGUCACCACACUAAAUGUAGAUAUCUGCUUAUUACAAGAAACUAUAUAUUAAUAUUUGUAUUUACUUAUACAGUUUAUAAAGUCUCUAUUCUACUGAAUAAAAAAUAUAAUUUAGGCACAAUGUCAUUUUUACUGAUUCUGAAGGCUGAUUUAUUAUAAUAAAUAUUACAGUCAGUUGCAAACCCCCCCCCCCCCACACACACACAUACAUAUACAGUAUAUUUGUUUUAAUGAUAACA